AUGGAUCUCUUAGGGGCGUCCCGGACUCUCGACCUUGGCGCCUCUACGUGGGCGGCGGGCUUGAAGCAAGAAACUAAGGUCUCAGAAAGCGAGCCGGAAUCCACAGCGGGGGUUGGGGGUGGUGGUGUCUGGGCGCUGGGCUCCAGGCGCCGGAGGCGAUUCACGGCGCUGGCGGCGAUUUACUGCGCCGCGAGGUCCCGGCUCCGCGUCCUCACCCGCUGCCCGGGGAAGCCCUUGAAGAAGUCCUCCAUGCCUGGGGUGAGCAUCCGGCAGCUGGUGGAGUAGAUCCCAGACGGAUACAGCCUGCUGGACUUUCAGCAGACGCCCGUCACUUUGGCUCUCCAAGAGGGGAAAAAUGCCAUCUUUCGGGCUGUGGUCUGUGGGGAGCCCAGACCCGAGGUGCAUUGGGAGCGCACCAAAGGUGACCUCAGUGACACCAGCAAGUACCAAAUCUCUUCUUCCCCUGGCAGCAAGGAGCUUGUGCUGCAGAUCAACAAGCUGACAGGUGAGGACACAGACCUGUACCACUGCCCAGCCAUGAACAUGUACGGAGAGGCUGUGUGCUCCGCGAGGCUCGCCGUCGUUGAAGUUGGCUUUUGGAAGAGUCUGAAGAGACAGAAGGAACCCCAAGAGGACCUCAGAAAGGAGCUGAUAGACUUCCGGAAGAUGCUACAAAAGAGGUGGGACCCCCCUCCCGGCCCCAGAGAAAAAGACUUCGAGCAGGUGUGGCAGCUGCUGAUGACUGCGGACCGGAAGGACUACGAGAGGAUCUGCAUGAAGUACGGCAUCGUGGACUGCCGGGGCAUGCUGCGCAAGCUGGGGGAGAUGUGGGAGGAGCGCGAGGAAAAGAUGGCGCAGUACAUCAACGCCAUCUCCAACUUGAGACACAUCAGGGUCACCAAGGACUGGACCGCAGCGUCUCAUCUGGAGCUGGAUCUCAAGGAUUCUAAAAGCAAGAUUUACUUGUAUAAGGAUGGUGAGAUGAUCCCCUUCAGCUUCAACAACCAGACCAAGCACUGCCUGCGGCGGCUGGGGAGACACUACUGCUUCCAGAUCCAGGACCUGCGGCCUGAAGAUGCAGGCAUUUACCACGUCAGGGUGGAGGUUGCUGAAGUCUUCUCCACAGAGCUGGAGGCCAGCACCACCCCUCCUAGGGUCAUGGUCCCGCUGGCCGAGGCCCACUGUGAGCCGCAGGACGAUGCUGUCUUUGAGUGCAGUCUUUCCAGCCCCUGCCCCAACGCCACUUGGCAUUUCCAGCAUCGGCCAUUCCAGCCCAGUGACAAAUAUGACGUGUCCGUGUCCCCCGAUGGGCUGACCCACCAGCUGGUGGUGAGGAAGGCCCGUUUCUCAGCAAUGGGCAUCUAUUCGCUAGACAUCGGGCUCCAAGCCUCCAGCGCCUGGUUGGUGGUUGAAGCUGGGAAGGAUAAACGCCUUCUGACCACCAGUAAUGACUGUCAUCUUGGCAGCAGGAGAGGUGGCACAGUGGGAAGGGUGGAUGUCUAUGGCAAGGAGAGAGAUGCCCACCCAAGUCCCAGAUCUGGAUACAAGCCCAGCACUGGCAGUGUCUCCAAGGAGGCCCGAGUCCCCAGGGGCCACUUCUCCCAGGGCCUGACUGACAUGGAAGCCCAGCAAGGGGAGGCUGCCAUGUUCUCUUGCGCCCUCACCAGUGACCUGGGACCUGGAGCCUGGUUUAAGGAUGGAGUCAAGCUCACUGCCCAGGAUGGAGUCUUUGAGCAAGACGGCCCUGUGCACAGACUCCUCAUCACCUGUGCGCAGGGGACCCAGGCCGGGAGGUACACCUUCGUAGCCGGCAGCCAGCAGAGCGAGGCCAGCCUAACCGUCCAUGACGCCCCCACCAUCGCUCCAAACGUGACAGAGACAGAGCCGCUGGUGGUCAAGGCUGGGAAGCCGAUGACAGUGAAGACUCCCUUUGAGAAUCUCCCGGUUCAGGCUACGUGGAGGAAGGACGGGGCUGAGGUGCUGGGCGGCAGCGGCAGGGAGGCCCAGGUGGACCUGGGGGAUGGCUUCACUCGGCUGUGCCUCCCCAGUGCCAGCAGGAAGGACAGUGGCCAGUAUAGCAUGACGCUAAGGAGUAAGGGAGGCUCUCUGCAGGCCAACCUCACCCUGCGGGUCAUAGACAAGCCCCAGCCCCCACAGGGCCCCCUGGAGGUGCAGGAUGGCCACGGGGCUGGUGUCUGCCUCCACUGGCAGCUUCCACGGGACGAUGGGGGCUGGGCCAUACAGCACUACGUGGUGGAGAGGAGGCAGGCCGGCAGGAGCACCUGGCUGACGGUGGGCGAGCCUCCCGCAGACAGCACCACCUUCACCAGUGUCCAUGUGGAGCAGGGCAGGAAGUAUGCCUUCCGAGUGCAUGCCGUGACCUCGGAGGAGGCUGGGGAGGCCCUGCAGUCCGAGGAGGUGCUGGUGGCUCCUGAGGCUCUCCCUGGGCCCCCUUCCACCCCAGCCAUCCCGUCAGCUUCCAGCCGGCCCAUCACACUGGCAUGGACAGCACAGGGCCCCGGCAGCGCCCACCUCCUGGGCUACCUGAUUGAGAAGCGCAGGAAGGGGAGCAACGCCUGGACAGCAGUGAACCACCAGCCUGAGCCCGAGAGGAAGCGGACGGUGGUGGGCCUGCUGCGGGGCUGUCAGUACGAGUUCCGGGUCACGGCCAUGGCUCCCUCAGGCCCCGGAGAGCCUGGGCCCCCACUGGAUGCUGUCUUUGCUCGGAACGCCAUGAGACCCCCGGGGCCUGUGCGGGACCUCCAAGUGACAGACACAUCAAACACCAGCAUCAUCCUGAGCUGGGCCUGGCCGGACGCCCAGGAUGGGGACGAAGCCCUGGGGUAUGUGGUGGAGCUGUGUGGCUCAGACAGUCUCCAGUGGAGUCCAUGCCACAUGGGCACUGUGGCAUCCACCACCUACACAGCCAAGGGGCUUCGGGCCAGAGAGGGCUACUUCUUGCAGGUGACAGCCGUUAAUGACGGGGGACGUGGCCAGCCCACUGCCCUGGACACGGUAGUGCAAGCCAUGCCCAUUUCCGUCUGUCCCAAGUUCCUUAUGGACUCCAGCACAAAGGACUCGCUGACAGUCAGGGCUGGGGACACAGUUCAUGUGCCUGUCUCCUAUGAGGCUGCCCCCAUGCCUGCAGUGACCUGGCUAAAGGAUGGCUUGCCCUUGCCCAAAAGAAGUGUGACCACCACCAAGGACGGUCUCACCCAGCUUCUGAUUCCUAUGACCAGCCCCUCUGACAGUGGCCACUAUACCGUGGUGCUGAGAAUGCAGGGGAAGAAGGCCACUUACAACUUCCUUGUUAGGGUGGCAGUGUUCCCGCGGGCGCCGGGACCCAUCCGCCUGCAGGAAAACGUGCCUGGGACGGUGACUGCCGAGUGGGAGCCUCCGGAUGAGGCCGAGGCCGGGGGCGCGCCGCUGCACUACACGGUGUUCACGCGCUCCUCCGCGCACGGCUCCUGGCGGGAGGUGGCCGACCGCGUCCCCAACCACUUCACCCUCCUGGACGUCCUCCCUGGCCACCAGUACCACUUCCGGGCGGUGCCCAAGAACGAGCUGGGGGCCAGCAAACCCUCAGACACCAGCCAGCCCUGGUACAUCCCCCGGCAGCGAGAGAGGUUCACAGUCAAGGCUCCAAGCUACCGGGAGCCAGACCUUAGCCAGCAGCCCUGGUUCCUGGUUGCCCUGUGGGCUCAUCUGCUGCCGCAGGACUCAGUGUGCUGCAUGAGCUGCGCUGUGCGGGAGUCCCCCAGACCUCACGUUACCUGGUUCAAGGACGAUCAGAGCUGGGAAGGAAACCCUGCCGUCUACAGCACCAAUGUGCUGGGCGUGUGCUCCCUGGUCAUCCUCAGGGACAUCCCCAAGGACAGCGGCCAGUACAAGGCUGUGGCUGAGAACACGCUAGGCCAGGCUGUCAGCACCACCACCCUCAUCGUCAUAGGCAAUGGUGGCUGUCCUGACGGGGCCAGGCUGGAAAUCAGCUCAGAGGCCCAGCAGGUCACCAGUGACCUGGAACGCAGUCUGCUCUUUGCUCCGGACACUCAGACCUGGUCGGCUUUCCCUGUCUCCCUUGGCAUUCAGAUUGUAGGCCAGAUGCAGGAGGGAAGGCACGGCAUUGAGGCACUGCGGGGUGAGCUGGCAGGCAGCUUACAGGAGCUCUGCACACUCCUUGCAGUGGUCGCACGCCAGAGUCCCGGCUACUCCUGGCUGCCCUACUGUUUGCGGCAGAGCAGCAUCAGGCUGCAGGCCCGGCUGCUCACGGUGCAGCUAGAGGCGCUGCGGACCGUCAGGCCCAUGGUGCAGAAGAUACAGGAAGAUCUGGUCCAGCUCAGAGAGUGGAUGCUGCAGGCUAAGAAGCUGGCCAAGAAGCAGCGGACGCGGCUCGCCCUGCAGAGUCUCCGGGAGCAGAGUGCAGACCUGCGCAGCAGGGUCACCACCCUGGAGGCCUGUCUCACUGCCCUUUGUGGCCUCCUGACCUGGGUGGAGGCCAGCACGGCGCAGCUCUCCUCCACCAGCGAGGAACGAGGGUGGGCACUGGGGCUGUGGCUGGAGCAGGUGGAAGGCACCCAGAGCAGGGGAGUCCAGCAGUUCCUGGCCAACCAGGCUAACAUCCCAGAGGUGACCGCCAGGUGGCGCCACAGGCUUUGCAGCGGGGGCCUGGAGACCUUUGAUGCCCAAGGUCUUUCUGGAGAGAACUGA